AUGUUGCAAGUACUAGCUUGUGGCGCCGUAGUUUUCCCCGGUCUCUUCCUCGCCUUCAGGAGGAUCCUGCCGUGUGUGUUCAAACACUGGAGCGAUGCCGACGUGGUGCUGGUCAGCGAAAGGUAAACCUGCGACCUUUUAUUUUUACUUCCAACGCCUAAAAGCAGCAAAAUAACACCAAAAACCGAGCAACUUUGAGGGCACCGUUAUAAAAUAGGGCCGUUGCUACAUCUCAGGUUGCUAACAUGACCUGUAUUCAUUUGGGUUUUAACUGGAGGUAAAUCCUCUGAAUUUGACUCUUCUCUGUUUUUGUCAAGCCAAGUGAAUUUAUACGGCACAUUUAUGAACAAAACACGAUAACCCGAGUGUUGUUGGACCGUUACAGACUGUUAAAGGGAAAUAACAUCACAAAAAAGACCAACAACGACCGUUACUUUACUCAAGUGCUUACAAUAGGUACACGACCUCAACGAAAACAUUUAUAAAACCCACAAAUAAUGACAUUUUGAGAGUUUUAGGACUGCAAAGAGGCUGCAAAGCGAGCCAUGUAACCUAAAGGUGUCUUACAGAGAGUAACUGUGGGUCCCUACAGAGAUGAAGACCUGCUAUCAACGUUGCCAUGGAGAACCUAGUGAUACAAGAGCUAAUGUCCACAUUGAGGCUUGAUUAACAGUAAAUUAAUGGUUAUUGUUGUUUCUGUGUGUUGAUACUAUGCCUGGAGAUGAUUUAUUGUUUGCAAAAUUGCUCAAAAGUUACAUUUCAAUGCCAGGGGUGUGUUUUAAGCAUUAGCCAUUAGGGUGGCUUUGCCCCAACCCCCUCCAAAAAUCAAACUGGCCACCCUAAAGUCUUAGGUCGUGUUCACACCUAUAAGGUCCGUUUCCUGAUUUGAAUCCAAGGCAAGACGAUACAUCUGUUUUGAUUGUUUAACUGGUCCGGUUUGCGUACACAAAUGACAAACUCAAUCGCUCCAGAAAACGGAACUGGAAGUCACGUGACCGUGAAUAUUGUUCGGUUGUUGGCCAUCGUUUAUGUGGGAGUACAAACCCCACUCUGCUGUCUUCGCCUGUCAUGAAGCAUCGUAGGCAGAUUUUGCUUUUGCUACUCAUGUGGAGCGCGUAUCAAAAGACGCUAGUCGAUCGCGCGUAUGAACGGCUCGUUAGCCAGUGAGUGAUAAUGGCGGCAUUAAUGAAUACAUGCCGGAGUAGACGUGCUGCAAACAACAGACAGAUAAAGACGAGACAGUAACAGGCAUUAAUGAGAGCCUACCAAGAUGUGUUUACUCUCUGGUGUCAGUCGGGACAAGUGAGGAUUACAAAUAACCUAGCCUAGGUGCGUUUCCUGUGAUUGGUGUGGAUGACGUUCACACCAGAAAUGAACCGCACUUGAAUUAACUUUAUAAACUUUAAUCAAGCCACUACUCACAGAAGAAGUAGCUGUAUGCACAUGCAUGCAGCUUCUAUGAUGGUUAGUUGUGACAGACUCAGGAUGUUUAGAUGCACAGUUAAGUGGAUUGGGCAAUUUACCUGGACUACUGCAACCCAGGUUACUAACGGUAUCAUGUCAGCCUGCAUUAAGGUAGGUGUCGAUAUGGUCACUUUCAACUUGUUACCAUCGGGUCAUGUCCCAGUUGACUUUUUACGUAUCAAAACUAUUGACAAAAUGCUAAUGCAUAGCAGGAGGCUAAGGGGUGAACUGGUGUAGCCUAAGUCUUGAAAGAGUUAAGCUUUGAGGAUUUUUAUCUGAGCACCAGUGUGUUAAUUUAGUAAAUUAAAAUAGAUGCACGGAAACAUAAUAGCUUGUGGAAAUACACACCACUUCACACAACCACAUCUGUAAAAGUCAGUGUCCAAGGCUCCACUCCUCAGAUAAUGUUGCAAAUAUAGUGAUAAAGACGCCUAACAAAUGAUUAGCUUCAUCUCAGUUUUUGUGUAUUAUUUGCACACCAAGUAAGAAAUACAAUUGGUGUCAAGUACUUAAAAGUCUCCUGUAUGCAUGUUUUGAACCUUUUAACAUUGAGGAAGUCGUCUGGCACUCUGCCUUGUGUCUGCCAGGGUCCAUGUUGGAAGUUACACUUCUGUAAAACUCAAACACGCAGCUACUUUGAUAGCUGGACAUGUAAUGGCUUACAAAGUCGAGUUCGUGUAUGUAUGACCCACUGUGUGCCUUGCUCACAUGUGCACAGCUCAGUUCAAUGCUCAUUUGUACGCUGUCACUCUUGUUAAUCCUCCUCUGAGCUGUGGUCAGGGCUGACUGCUGAGUUAGCUAUGCACUGGAAAACACAGAACCGGACAACUGAAUAAAGCCUCGACUAAUUUACUCAUGCUCAUCUAAGGGAAAAUGUUGUUCUCACAAGCGUCCAAGCAUCCGAGGGAUGUCACAUUGCUUGUUCACCACUAAAAUUAACUCGUAAAUGUGUACUGUAUUUACUUACCAGCAUCGGUCACAUGCUUGGAUUGUUUUUAAGUCUUUGAGUCACUAAAAAUGUGUGAUAUUUUGCAAAGCUCUCACACAUAACUACUGCAUUCAUUUCUCCCUUAAAGCAUCAGUUGCUUUUACUCUAUGCAAUUAUGUCUAAAUAUGAUCCAUUGAUUUGAUUGAUGCAGUCACAACCAGAUGAUGGUUUUGAUCAGUUUUGCAUGCAUCUCUGUUUACAGUUACUUUGGGAUUAUAUUUAUGAGAUUAAAAUAACCACAUCCGCAUGAGUGCAUAUCUUUCAGGUGUGCAGACUGUAGUUGCAUCCAGUGAAGUCCACAGCCUGCGGUGCUGCUAUGUAGCUUAUUGUAAUACCGUCUAUGUUUGUCAUGUGGAGUCUGUAGGUCUGCAGGCUAUUUACACAGGUAAGGUACAGAUGAGAGAUGUCCCACCAUGACUGUCAUAAAAUGGUUUGCAGAGUGAGGCUAACACUAGCAGAGUCAGCACCACUAGCCCAUGGCUUUCUGCAGUCUUCCUUGCAGUGUGAUGUCCUUAUGGCUUUGCUGAGUUCGAAUUGCCCGAGUGGUUAUACAAGUCAUUUUGGAUUUGGAAACAGGCGACUUUCUUCUUAAUCCCCAUAAAAAUGCUGCCAAUUUACAUCAUACAAUGAGAUGUCAUCAGUCAUCUUAUUUACAUUUGGGUGGAGGAGCAUUAUAACAUGAAGGCAGCACCGGAGCUGAAGUCCUGGCUAGUGGUGGGUGUCUACAUUAUACAAGUUAACAAAACAUAUAACCAACAUUUUGAGUCUACAGUUGUAGAAAUAGGAAUAACUCUGACAUAGUUGCCCACAACGAAUUAGCCAAGCAUCGUGGACUUUCACACCUUUUAAUGGAGGGGCUGUUAAUAACCAUUUUUUGGAGUAAAUUGAAGAGCAUAGGCUUGGAAAAGGUGAGGAUAAUCCUCGGUCAGCACAGAAAAAAGACAAACCCACUCACGAGCAGUUGUUUCGAGGUCGGGCAAAAAGGCUUUUCUCCUGAUUUGUUUUUACCUCACCAGAAUAGCAGUGAACAGCGAAAAGCAGGGCAGUGCUGAAAAACGACAGCGGUCAGAGCUUAGCACCAAAAAAUGCACAUAUUUUUAGUCUCCUGUAGUAGAGGGGAUGACUUUACCCUACUUUACAGAACAACACUCGACUUCAUAAGGGAUUAUAAUGCUCGACAUCACCCGGCACAGACUCUAGGUCUAAUAGUCUCAAGGCCACAGUUACCCUUUGCCUUUUAAGGUUCAUACGGCAGUAGUGCUCUUCGUGGAAGGACUUAUAGAUGGAUAUGAAUGCAUCCUACCUUUCUGCGUGUGCUUCAACUACUUUCUCAUGGUUUACAAUGGACCUAGAGAAACCACCAGCCAAACACUUAACAGAAUCAGGUCGAUUGUAACGCCACACAAUCAACCUGUUUCUGUUCAGUACUUAUUUACCACCAUAUCAUUGUCCAGCUUACAUAAGCCUGAUGGUUUACCUGUUAUGUUUGUCUUGAAAACCUUGAUUUGAUAAAUAAGAAAACCUUGAUUCGAUAAAUAAUACUAGCAAAUAUAUAAUGAUACCAGUUCCAAUGUAUGUAGCAGUUUGAAUGAGUCACCCCCCAUCAUACCAUUCCCACGGUAUGAGCUAGGUCAGCCCCCGUCAGUCAUUUCUAUUAGAUCAGUGAACGUGCCUGCAGCAGAGCAUUUUGUAGACCUUCUUUGUAAUAAGCAGCAAAUGAGUACAACUGCUUAACCCUGGGGCCUUUUCCAGGGCACCCACACUGUUCCUGCCACCAGCCUGUAGGCUUACUGUUGGACAAGGUGGGCACUAGUGGUGCAGCUCCAGUAAACCAAUCAUCAACUACUGUAGGUUAGGUCAGACUGGUCAAAAAGGUAACCAGUAAAUGACCUUUACAGAGUAAUCAUGAUAUUGUUAGUCUUUGAUGUAGUUGUAGUCAUUAGAGAUAGGCUGAUGAGUCGGUCAGAUGGUUUAUGGCAACAACCCAAUUUUUAUAGUCCUCAAGUACAGCAAAUAUAAUUAACCACAAUUACCACAAGUUAACUCCUGGCAGUUAUUUAUGAAUUUUUAGAUAAAAAGUGUUAAUCAAAUACUUAUUCUAUAGUUUUAACUUACAGUAAUAGAGGCUACAUGGUUACUGAAAUUCCAGUGUGUGUUCAACAGAUGGAAAAAAAGUUUUUAGAGCCGUUAACAUAAAAAAGUGACAUAUUUUCAUUCAAGGUUAUCAUACUGUCAGGAUCUCAUGGUACCUGAUACUUACUCCUUAGUACUAAAAACUGGUAAUUUUUCUUCAUCAUUACUCUGCCGUAGUUAUUGGUCAACUUUUCCCACUUUUAUGUUACUUUGCCCCAGUGACUGUCUCUUCUGUCUAUCAUCCCCCUGUCAGUGCAGCGGUGAGUGACGUCUGAUCACAGCACGAUAACUACGUAUAACUGUACUCAGAAUAAUCGUCCAGUGAGUUUUCAUGUGUGGGAAGCAUUACUAUAAGUACCUGUCCACUGUCUUAUUGAUUACCUGUUUAUUCUUGACCACUGAAGUGGUUAGGGAACAGUGCAGUUAGUGAUGUAGCUGCAUCCAUUUGUGCGAUUGAGCGGUUGUGAUGGGAAGAGAAGAAAGAGAGUGAGUUCCCUCUUGUUAAGAAAUGCACUUUACUCUGUUUGCUCUUUUCGCUUCUACAGCCACUUUUUCUUUCGCUCUGCUGCAGCACCGAUGGAUCUACAGAUGAUGUAGCCCAGUUACUGUAAGAGCAGAAAAAAACCCACCUCUCCUUUCUGUCAGACGGUGCGUGUGUGAUAGCACACGAGAGACCAAGCGGUCCGUGUAUAACCAAACAGUCAGGAGACUUGGUCGUAAUGAAAGGGAAGCUGAGGUUGUUCACUGGUCUGACACAGCAGGAAAGAAAAGACAACAUUGCCGAACAAGGCAGCAAGGCAUUCUUCCUUUUUUCCACUCUGCACGCUCCUCACCCCGUCAACCUCGACCUUUCAUCAGCGCAGUGAGAGAGGGUUAUUGGCGGACAAACAAUGAAUAGGCUGUGUAAAAUCUGGGUCUUGUGAUGGAGUAUGCAGCCAUACAAGCCCUAGAAGGCAGCGAGGCGUGGGGGUAAAAUGUGUGUGUGAGUUUGCGGGGGAAAGAGAGAGACCAGUUAGUCUUUUACAGCCCAGACCAAUCGUUUUUGUAGUUGCCGGUCACAUGGCCGUUGUUGCCUCGCUGAUGCCCGUGUCAUGGCCGCAUUCCCAUGGAGAUCGGUGUGGAUGGCAGCAGGUUCAAGCAGGAAACCCCACAAUUACACUCUUUGUUCCACAACCUCAGGAUUUGCAACACACCAUUUGAGGUGUUUGAAAAGAGAAAGCAGUCUUUAUUAGCCCAGUUAAAUUUGUGCUUAUUCAGAACCAGAGCAAAAGUCUUGAGCUUUUUAUGCUCUAGGGGGGGUUCUCAAUCCUAUAAGUCCAUGUUAACAAACACCCGACCCGCCGCCUUAAUCAUGCUGGGUCAAGAAGACGUCAACUUUUUUCACGUCUGGAUUCAGUCCAAUUUUACUGGCCAGAGUUUUUUUUGGCUUUGACAGUGUCUGAUCCUCAGGUAGAUCCACAAAGAUAGAGUGUUUGUGAGGACUCAGAGGAGAAGUGGAGUAAAUGCUGCAACCUUUUAUUUGAAAUGAUUUUUAGCUUUUCUUGCAGAGGCCAGUGAAGUAGAGAAAUGUUUCUGAUAUCAACAUUUUUUUUGGAAAAUUUCAAUCUGUUCAAAUCAACUCAGAAAAUGAUCAUUUGUUUAGUUUAGUUUGUUAAGAACAAAGGUUCACAGGUUUGAGAGUCAAUCAUAUCAAAUGGAUUUCUCAUUGUGGCUAAUUUUAGAGCCAGAACCGUUAGCCUUUGGUUCUCCGUGCAAGUUAGUUACCACAUUUAUAUGCUGGGUACAUAUUGUGGUAACUCCACACAAUUUACAUAAAACUUGAUGUCCACAGUCUCGAUCGAAAUGUGUCACGCAACUAGAUGCCGUUUGUUAUCAUAAUCAAGUGUUUGGAGAAUAUAAUGCUGAUAGUUACUGUCCACGUUAGCAGUAGAUUCACAAGUGAAUACUAGACUCUAGCUUACUGUUAAUCCUCCUCCUCCUUGUACCAGUACAGGAGUCACCUUUUCACCCUCUUUCCUGUGCAGAAGUUUAAGUUGGGUCGUGCUUCCUCUUGCCUUUUUAAAUAGAUGGAGACAUGCUGUUCUGCAGCUUUUGUUGAGCAGGACUGACAGCGUCCUGGUCCGACGGUUUUCUCUUUAAUUCUACACUUAUUACUGAAUGUGGUGUAUUGUGUUUGGUCAUGAAAAGUGAGAAACUCCUUGUGUAAGAUGAUCCCACUUCUUUCACAUGUGGGCAAUGAUCAGAUAUUCAUCUUCCUGUUUAAACUUAAUGAAAAAAUUGAUAUUCUCUGACAGUCCUAAAUACCAUGUUAAUAAUCUGUCAGUUAGAAAUUGGGUUUAGUGAUGGAUGUAGGAAAUAGUCAAAGCCAAUCGCCACAUUAAGAUUUUCAGUGAAGUACAACCCUGGGAUUUUAGAUAUCUUCUUAACAAGCUUCAGAAAAAGACUGUCUAAGCUACAUUAUCUUACUAACAUGACAGAAUUGUAUCACGUAUGUUAGGCUGGCAAUUAGAUAUUCCCGACUUCACUACUUGAUUCAAUCUGGACCUCCAACCCCCAUGGUUGCUUCCAUAAUCCCUUUUCUAUUUGGGUAAGUGGAGCUCAGUAGUACAGUCCUAUAAAGGGAUUUGUGCAAAUAUGAUUAAAUUCUUGGAGUUGUACUAAUAAUAGGGUAACAGUCAUCGCCGAUUUGUGUUGGAGUUGGAUCUAGAUGCGAAAGUUGGCCGAACAAGCUUAAGAAAAUGAAGAAGACCAGAUAUUUUCCUGCACCCCUGCACAUUUACUUUUUCUGUGACGAAUAAGAGCUGAGUAAUCGUUGCUCCGUUUCUCAAGGUAACCCUCGUUUGUCGCUUUUCAUGCUGUAGGUGGUAAGGAGUAGGUGGUGAGGUAAAGCAAAGCCCAGAAGGGGUUGAAAGAAGUUGAAACGUUGCUGUUUUCAAGGGGUGACUGUCUCUUGUGGCUGCAGCGAACAUUGGGGAAUGAAUUACAUGUUUUUCCUUUUUUUUUUCUGAUUUCAAAGCAGCUUACUGUCAGUUCUGCCAAGCUGGGCCACAGCCAAGGAGAAAGCUUGUCUGAGCAAAAGCAACCAUUCAUGGUUUAAACAAACCGGUGGUGUAAUCCAGAGCUCUGUUUUAAAGUGACCCAAAAUUGGCUCUAUCGAACAAGAGCCCACAUCUGUCUGACUGUGAACUGUACACUGAUUGAGUUUCCCUCCAUAAAACCAUAAAUAAUCAUCGUCUCCAAGGUUAUCUCAACAGUCAAAACAUCACAUUCAAUCGCCAAGGGACUAUUAAAUAGAUGUUAAAAGUUCAUGUCUAGUAAAUAUACUACACCUAUGAGAGUCAUGUGCACCUUAUACCACUUCACACAGUGACACUUCAAAAUAGAGACGUAGCAAGCUCUCCUAUGUCACAGGUCUGUUUAUAGACGAGGAAAGAGGAGGCCAAGAACUGCUAAUCCCAUGAUGGUGGCAAUGAACUUGUAGGUCAGUCUGCUGCGGUGGUUCAACUGAGGGGACACUUGAAGAAACCUUGACCUGGCUCAGUCAAAGAAAUAAUUACAGUUUCCUUCUUACAUAUUUCUCAUAUCGGUCUUGUCUUCUUGUCUACUCAGGGGAUAUUUGUUACCCCCACUUCUGACAUUGCUCACUACCCUCUGCAAUCAGUCGCUUUGCCUCAUUGACUGUAAUCACCCCUCAUCACUCUGGGAUGGUAUUUUUCCGUUCCUCCACUGUACUACUUGUUGCUGUGCACCUUGAGACGAACCCUCCAGUUUUCACGGAGUCCACUGCAGCACAUAAAAUACAAUAAGAGUGAGGCUGACACAUUCAUCAAUACAUCUAAAGGCUCUCGUGCAUCAACCCAACCACACAUUAUACUCACAAUGCCACUUGAGGGGAUGUCUGCCAGUGUCUUUGUUGGUUUUUGGCACAUGGAAGAAAGGUUGCUGGGUGUGUCUGAAGAAUAACAUUGUGAUAAUAUAAUAUACAAUAAUAAUGAUAAUUUAUGAUAAUACAAUUUGCCUUGGUAUCAUUUUUAGGCUAUAUCGCCCACCACUAAUGUGUAUGGUAUAUUGUUAUGAAAUGGGAACUGUUUGGAUAAAUGAACACAAUUAAAGAUGGAGCCUGUGGCCACAUCUGUGCACUGAGGGUCGGUCAGUUUAGAGUUUCUUAAAGGGGGUAACAUCUGUGAGGGUUGAAACAACAGGAAAAGAAAUGGACGAGUUUGUAGUAUGACAUUUUUACAUAAACUGAAUUUUGCAUGGACUUUUCAAUCACAGACGUAUUAUAAUUGAUGUAUAAACUACUAUUUCAUCAGCAUACACAAAUUAAGCUGUUGUACAGGAAACUGGGAAGGUACUUGUUUAAACCGAAAAAAGAAAAAUGGGCUUGAGGAUGAGCCUUGUGGGACUCCUUCCUCAUUGAUCAUUUCUCCACUGAGACUAAUAGACUGGCAUCUAAUGUAAGGGGAUGAGUUGCACCAAAUUUGAAUGUUUUUAAGACCCCAAUAGAAUAAAGUUUUUCCAGUAGAAGAUGGUGGUCUACUAAGCGAAGGCUUUGGCCAAAUCAAGGAAGAUUGCAUAGUAAGUUCUCAAAGCAGUGAACAUGUGAGUUUUAAUAGUUUUGAUAAAGCCGAGGUAGAUUAGGUCAAACACCAGACUUGCAUGGCGAUCUGCUCAAUCAGUUAAAGGAAGUGAAAGUUGAGUAAAAUAUUGGGAAAAUUUAUUAAUGAUAUCCUUCCGCAUGGCAAGGGUUUGAAAACAGCAAAGUUAAUUUGAUUUAUUCAUUAAAUGUUGAUUACUCAAAUAAAGAAGUUAAGACAUCCUAGGGUGGUCAGUGAUUAAUUCAAAAAUUUGAUGUCGAGUCCAAAUCUGACUUACAAAUACACCUGCAGGGGUCCCAGGACUGUUAAGGGAGUUUUAAUUAUGUGUUUUUUGUGUUAUUUCAAUGUCUUUUGUGUAAAUAAUGCAUUAUAUUAGUUCAUCUUAACCUGUCUUUGCCUGUUUCCAUCAUCUGGUGAACUUUAAUGUCUUCGCUCUGUGACAUAGACAGCAAAAAAAAUUAACACCCCAGCCCGGCCUGUACUGUAUGCAUGUUAUGUUUAAAAGUGAAGGCCUUUGUGUGUCCAGAACGAAUCAGUUAGGAUGCUCCUCUCACAGUGAAAACCAAUGCUGCUUCAGAAGGCAUUAGCAUUAAAUAUACACAGUAAGUGCCCAUAUGAUAAACCAGAGAUGAUUGCUUGCAGUCAUACCAUCUGUACUUUUGCACAGCUGUUCUUUUAGCUUUAUGCUAAUAUCAGCAUGCCAACGUGCUCGUGAAAACAAUGCCAACAUGUGAUGUUCAGCAUGCAUAAUCUGUAACAUAAUCACCAUUUUGUUCAGCAUGUUAGCAUGAAAACAUUUGCUUGUAAGCACAGUCACGCAGAGUUAGCCCCGGCCUCUUAGCCUGGAGGGGGUUGAGGAUUAUCAGAGUUGCAAUAAUUCACCCUGAAAGGAAACAUGAAUGUCUGUGCCAAAUUCCAUCAGUGUCCAUCCCAUCUCUGUCAAGACAGUCAAAAUGACAUACUUCCAUCUCCUGAAAGAAAGUCAUUAAAGUGUCAUGAUCUUAAAGAGUAAUCAUGGCCAUCAAUCCAGACCGUGCGAUGAAUCACUGUUCAUCAGCGCCAUCAGUGCUCAAACAUUUCACAUGAUGUUGCUGUGUUUGUGUGUCUCUUUCUCAGACUGGUGUCCUCCAUCCAUGCCAUCAUGGCGACCACGGCAGGAGUCAUCGUUGUCUCGUCAUGCCGAGGAAACAUCAUUAACGACAGGUUAGGCUCCAUGUCAUCGGUCACAUUCAUUAAACGGAGGUUAUGAGUUAUAACUGCCGAUUUUUUCCCUUCAAUCAUUUUAUGAUCUACCUGGAGGAUUUGGUCUCUCUUUCACGCUGACGUUGGACGUGCAAAAGAGACAACAUCCAGUAAAGUUUGGGAAGUCGUAGAUAGUUCCAGCACGUGCAAACAAUCCUAAUCCAUUACUCUUUAAUCUGACAUUUCAUUUUACUGCUACCUUUGCAAAAACACAGCAUAUUUGUUUAGCUUCUACACAAUUUUUUUGUUUUUUUUCUUGCAAAGAGUUAUCUGUUUCACUAAAUGUGUUUUUCGUUCAAAGUAUAACCCCAUAUUCACCUCAAGGACAGUCCUGUCUGUUAUCCAAACCCUACAUCCACAUCAAAGAAAAAGGAGCAAGCUCGUGUUAGCCUACCUUUAGGAAACUGUAUGCUAAGCUAAUGCUAGCCCUUUAAUCCUCACUGAGUCAAUGGCCAGUCCAGGAAAGGCCCAGUUUGAGGCUGCUAAUCUCUGCCACCCCUCCCCUCCACCCACAGGGCUUAAUAUCUCCACCACACUGCUCAGUUCUGCUGUCCUGUGACGUGCACAAGGCCGUCAGCUUAUCAAACACAUGUUCCACAAACUCAGACCCAUGAAUACUCCAAUACUCCAUCACAAUCUGUCCCUUCAUUCAGCCCCCAUAGUCUCAGCUGUAAGAGAUUUUGCAUGGUUUUGCAGCCCAAAUUGCACAGCUUAGAAAACUCGGCCCCAACAAUAUGUUUGGGUACUGUUCUCCUUUUAAGCACACUGUAUUUUUAAAAACACUCAGUGAGGUAACACGUGAGAUAAUUACAUAAGAUGUUGCUGGCAUUGAAUUUAAAAUGCCAAUGCCCAAGCAGGCGCACACUUAAACGUUUGAUUUUGUAGAAAAAAAGGGCGGUUCAUUUUUUACAAAUCUUAGUGCAUCACAAUGCCCUCUGUGUGCACACAUUACCAUAAUCAAAUACAGGUAAAAAGCAAGCAAGGAAGGAAACAUCAAAUAGGAUUUUGCAUUCUCUUAAUGUUCAGGGAUUUAACUGAUGUGUUAAGUGACCUGCCAUAACUUGUAAAAAUAAGUAUUGACUAGCAUGAAGCAAGAUUACAUCUAUUGUAUCCUAAAAUACAGUACAGUAGAGCUGCUGUAAAUAGCCAUAAUAAGAGGUGGUUGAUUUUCUUGCUUUAGUAGUCUAAAUAGUUAAAGUGAAGCUCGGAGGAGGCGUGGAGGGUUGUUUGUUGAUAUAUUUAAAUCCGGAUGCCUGAAGUGUUUCACCUGUAUUUUCCGUUGCAAAUAUAUUCACUGCAGCAUUGACUCAUGUUUCCUCCAUCCUCCUCCGGGCAGUUUGUUGUCUUACUGCUCGUAACCUCCACUCACUGACCUUAAGAGCUGAGUAUCUCAGUGAGAGGUCAGAGGUCAGUAGUCCAGCUCUGCCCCGCAGCUUUACUCUCUUCUGUCCACAUAAUUAACCAUCACUGUAAACGCUGCUCAUUAGAGCGCUGGAGCUGUCCGAGCUGUUUGUUCUUCAGUACUUACAUAAGCCUACCUUGAAGUCUCUGCAUGCUGAAGUUAGAGAAGGAGAGGCGUGACAGGGAAAUGAGUUUCAGUGUAACCGAUGUUAAAGGGUUAUUCUGGCGGAAGUUUAAGCCAAUGCUUCUCUAGUUCCACCACUUCAGCAAAGAGCGCACGAUAGCAAUACACAGCGGUCUAUGUCGCCACGCUCAAACCGCAACGUAAAAGCCACUCAUAGCCACAAAUAAUGCUCAGAAAAGCACCUCACUUUACCAACUGUACAUAUAGGGUCCAGGCACGUAAGAGAGACCAAAGAGACCAAACAAAACUCACCCACUCUCCUCCAGCAGCCGCUUGUUUGUGGGGGAGCCCUGACGAGUCGAUCAGCAAGUGCAGCGGAGUUCCGCAGCUCAAGGAAGAACAUUUAUGGUUAUUACUUAAUGGAAAUGCAAUCAGACCGAAAUGCUAAGGCAGAGGAACUACUGCGUCUGCAGUGCACAUUCAAGAUACACAAGGAAUCUGAUUGCAAUAGUGUCAUUAUAUCAAAUUUCCCUGGCCACAUCAAAGUCACUUUAUUAAAAUGUAUGUUUGUAUUUGGGUUGUUAUCAUGAAAGGAAAAUGAUCUGCAAAUGCGAAAUGCAACUGUAGCAAAUAUGCUUACCCUGUUUUUUAAGAUGUACACAUUGUAUCUAUUAAAAAAAAACACCUUCAGCAUUUUGUCCAGUUUACAGUCUAUAAUUCUCUGUUAAUCUCUUGUUGUGUUGUCUGUCACACAUUCACCAAAAGCUUGAAACACUAGACAUCAUCACCACUUUUAAUAUGCAGAAAAUGAGACAGAAGCUGUAAUUUAGCUGAGGACUGCUGCAUAGUUCAUUAACAUAUUUUUUGUUUGUGAUUAUUUCCCAGACACUGGUUGGCCACCUACUUUGUCAUCUGGUACGGCGUGCCCUAUAUGACGUAUGACAUCUUUGCCAUGUACCUCAGUCACUUCUACCGCUUUAGGGUCAAAGGGCACGAGGACUACAAGCAGCAUUCACUGAGGACCAUCAACUCCUUCAUCCGUAAAGAGUUCUUGCUGGUGUUGCAUCACAUCGCCUUGCUCACCAUCCUGCUGCCCAUCACGCUGGUAAGGAGGGGCGUUCGAGUCCUGCUGCUAAAACUAUUAGCAUCAUGGUCUCCUACUCUAAAGGAUUACUGUUUGUUUUCUGCACAUGCCAUGGAUCUAAUCCGGUUGUUAAAUGUUGGGAAAGGAGAGUUUGCAGUGUGGUUUGUGUUAUAGUUUCUAUCAAAACUGCAAUGCAUGAUCAACAAAUAGAGCAAUCACAACAUUCAUGUGCAGGCCAGAUGCAUAAUUGUUCAUUCAGAACCAGAGGUGAUGAUGAUGUUUGCGCUGCACUGUGUUUUAUUUGUGUUAAAUGUCUGCAAACUAAACCAUCAGUUUCUGAAUCUCCUGAAACCAAACCGAAUAAAUAAUUCAUGUCGGUGUUAAUAAAAACUGAUCAGUAAUUGUUACCAUGCAACAUGCCACAAAAACACUCGGAGAAAAUACAAAUGUCAUUUACAUCUUUUAAGACGGACUUAGACCAUCGAAAGAAACAUAUCGAAGUGCUCGCUGGUUCAACAAUAAGUAUUUGAAAACCCUGGAAAUUAGGGCAAAAGAGCUGCUCCUGUGAAUUUAUUAAACUUCCAGGAACAAGAAAUCUGACUAUCACACUGAAGUAUGCAGCAAGGUUUUCUCAGAGCAUGCACAGUUAUGCCCGCUUGAAUGAUUUCCUCUGAUGUAGGUAAAAAAAAAGUCUGGACCUGUGCUGGGGUUCAGCAACUGUGUGUAAGUUCUCUCCUCAGGAGUCUUAGUGUGUAACCAGAUAACCUUCUUAAACUAAAGGCACCAAGAUUACCACGUCCUGUUUACAAUCAUACCUAAAGAAAGUCACCAACUGCAGUUAAAGGAUCAAACUUCCUGAGCAGGGACUUUGGUGGCUAGUGGAACCUCUUAGCAUAUGUAAGCAAGAUUGAUACUGAAGAAUCAUAUCAAUCAAUUAGAUCCUAACUGGAUUACUGUGCAGCAAAACAACAUGCAGCUAAUUAAAUAUGGUGCAGUCUUAUGGAAAACUGCUGUUUUACAAGCUGUCAGUGUAGCUCCGGGACAUGUUAUGAUUUACACCUACGUACUUCAGUGACAUGUGCAACUGUUGGGCUGUGACUUAAGAGUUAUGCAGAGCUGCUGGAAUCACAACCUGGUUGUAACUGGCAUUGUAAGUAGGCUGAGUUUUAACUUGACCCUCCGAGAGUUGCGUUCAAGGUCAGAAAAACAACAGCCUUCAUUUCUUGCUUAUAUCAGCGCAGCGGUGGGUCAGAACAAGAUCUCAGAUUUAUGCAAAAAAGGGGAAAACUUGGCCUUCCUUUGAUUCAAAAGAAGAAAAAUGUGCUUUUCUCCCAGGGAGUAAAUAGCAGGAAAGGACAGCCCAUGAUAAGAAAGCAAUUAUUGAUUACCUUCUGUGACCAGAGUGUUACAAAUUACUCUUCAAUGAUUUGCUGACAUGCUCUUGAAUUGAAGGUUUUUUGCAUCAAAAGAAGAGAGGAAGGACACGAGAUGAAAGGGGCAUACUGUUUUCUGCUGAGAUAUGGUGACAAGUCGAGAGAAUGGGCAAUAAUAUCAAACAAUGUAGCGUCAUUACUCGGAUAAAGGGCUUGAGUUAGCACACAAUCUGCUGGGAACGCAAGCAAGGGAAAAGGAUGAGGUAUUAAUAUAAGAGUGGAGGUACUGUGGAGCACGAUGUCUUUCAGUGAAAGUGUGACCGACAAAUUGAAAACUCACUGAACUGUUAAACUAGAGUUCACCAUGAACAAGGUCUGAGCAGUGAAGUGAGCUUAUCACAGAGUCAGAGAGGAGUUUCUUAAGGUGUUCUUUGUUCUGAUUAAUAACAUUUGUGAGGAUUUACCCCGAGGCUUUUUCUCUGAAGAAUUAUCACACGCUUAUAUUAAGACGAUCAAAAACUCUGACUUUAAUCUGCAGAUCGAGAAUUUAUGUCCCAAAGAGAUUACAGAGGCAUAAAACACAGACAGCCCUCUCUUUAUGAAGUCUGUCUCAGGUCAGUCAGCCAGGUGCAGUUGAAACCCGGCCUUUGUGUUUGCAGUAGCAGUCAGUUGCAAUAAGAGAUCACAUUACCCUACAUUAUUCAGCCCCAGCUGUAGCUGACCUCUCUUUUCUCUCAGCCCUCCACCCCUUCCUCUGAUCCUCCUCUUGUUCCCUCACUCAUCAGCUUUAUUAGAGUCUGGCUUACCUGGCUAUCACAUGAGCAGGUAGAGUUAGCCUGCAAGGACAAUAGUCAGGUUUCAAGGAAGGAAGCGGGGGAGUUUGUUUUUGUUUUUUUGUUUGAGAAUUCACACAGAGAUACAGGAUAGGAUUGUCGGCUGACAGAUGGCCGUCAACCAAUAGGUCUGGUCCUGCCCCAGGUUUCUGCCUGUAAAAAUGGAACUCUUCCUUCCCUUAAGUUCAUGACAAAAUUGCAGGUUACUCCAGGUUUCUACAGCAGAACAACAUUCAUAUAUCUUUGAGCGAGGUUUCUGUCAUCUGGGACUGCAAAAUAACAUACCCUUAGCUUCCAAUCUGUUGUAGUUUCUAACAAACACCGAUUUACAUAAUGUAAAGCAGUAAGUAACCUGAUCUUAUUGUCAUGAUAACUCACUUUCAUAUCCCGAUUAGGUCAUUAUUACAUUUUUAUUGCCUCCACUGACUAUUUUACAUGUUGAAAAUGCAUGUUAUUUGCAUGCAGGCUAUUGUUUUUCUUAGAAAAUUUAACUACGUACUUAGACACAUGCAAAGUUUUAGAUUCUUAUCACUCCAAAUACACCUUUAAUUCUCUGGUGACAGCUAAACUAUGAUACUGACUGGUGCCAUUAAUCAUGCACACCUCUUUUUUUAUCAUUCACUGCAAACUUGAUGAGUAAACAAGUAUUAAAUAUCAAUUUCAGAGGAUCAAUAUGUGCAGAGUAAAGCUUAUACCAUGCCCAAUGCAUUGUCUUGAAUCUGAAGCCCAAAGGUAAAACAGCCCUGGCAGGUGGGAGCCAGCUAGUUUGUUAGGCACGGUGUUAAGUUCCUCUUUGCGGUCGGAGUCAUUGUUUUACUGGCAGAUGGCAAAGCCACGUCUGGAGCCACUCAUCCUUUAUUCAUUACGAACACACAGUGAGCCAGGCCAAGAAGACAGCGCCAUACUUCAAUGUGGAGUCUCUUUAUCCAUGCAGGCUGACUCACCUAUUCUAGGAUGGUCCCUCUCACUGUACAGCGCUGGGCCACUGGUCAAUAUUUGAAAGCUUCAUUCAUAACUUAUGAACAGGGCAUCACUCCAUGUUGGUCUACAGGCUGGUCUAUGCCGCCACAUUAAAGUUAGGUGGUUGAGAAAGACGGCUGCUGUUGAAGUUGUGGUCAGAGUCGACGAAAACGUACAAAAUAAUGAAAACUAAUUUGUAAGAAAUGUUUUUGUCAUCCAAAAUUUAAAAAAAGGACGAACCAGCGUGUAAACAUUGGCGUUAGCAUUAGGAGUUUCAAAUCUAAAUAAUUUUUUCACCUCCAUUAGGGUGGCCCGCCCCUCAGUAUGACAUGACAACAACUUUAUUAUUAUUUUUUGUUUCUGUGAGGUUGGAUGGAGUCAUUUUAAGGUAAAAUAAGCAAGCUGAGUUUCACUUUCCCUUGGAGUCUCCCUCACCUUUAGAUGCUGUUGGUGUUGGAAACAUCUGUAAUAGCUCCCCAUAGUGGAUUUUAAAUUCAGCCAUACGGAGGCAAUUAAGCAAUUCUAGUGGACAAAUUUAACGGCACACUAGUUUAAAACAAUCUCAGAGGUGACAUAGACUUCGAUUUGAUUCUCAUCUUAGGUUGUCCAAAAAGAUCAACAAAUGUACUUUCAAUACCUGAUAAUGUCCCAGGCCUUUCUGAUCAAAUUUCCAGUGAGAUUUUUCCACGUACUGUCUUUAAGUUUCAGCUGUUUGCGUUUCUUCCACGGUCAUCUGUGUUUGCUCAUUCUGUUUGUCUUUUCCACAGUUCUUCAGAAGGGACCAGGGAGAUUUCUUCAUCGGCUGCUUGUUUUUAACCGAGCUCAGCACGCCCUUCGUGUCCCUGGGGAAAAUACUUAUACAGGUGAGGCAGCACGUACACAGGUGCAUUCACCAGACACCAGUAACUGGGAAUUCAUGCAGCUGCUACGGACUGUUUGCUGUUUAUCUUGGAGUCUGAGCUCCAGAGCCAUUGACUCUGGGUCAAGUAGAUAUUUAAAGAUUGGCUGCUACAAUGGGUCAGACAGUUUGAGUACUGUAGAGGCAGGUUUUUGUUAAUCAAGAUUAAGAUUGCCCAAUGGAGUUAAGCAAACUCUACUAGGCACAAAAGGCCCAAUAAGCUCAGAUUUUCUCCAUGUGCCAUAACAGUGUCUAACUGGAGCAGUAAUUUAAGCUUGUAAGGAGUUUUGAUACAGACUUCAUCUAAUAUUGUAGCCCUUUAUAAGCUUCAGAAACAAACAAGAUGAUUAACUCAAGGAUUGGUUGUUCCUGUAUUGGUAAAGAAAGUCUAUUAAAAUUAAUGAAAAGGUCAAACUUGGUUAUUUUACAUCAGCCUCUCCAUUGAUUACACAACCUUACUUUUCACUUGGCAUGUGGAGGUGACUUCACUUGGCAUUGUGAUUCUGGUUCUUUUCACAAUCUCCCAUUUUGGGUUGAAUAAAGGAAAAGCCAUCCAUCAAUUUAUGCAUCCACUUAUCCUCCAUCCACCCAUUCUUUUUUUCAUUCAUCCAUUUACCCAUAUACCUACCCCUUUCAUCCAUCCAUCCAACCUCCAUCCAGUGCUCCAAACACCUGUGGAUCUGACCCCUUAUCCAUCUGCCAAUCAGGUCACAAUCCAUCCAUAUAUACACCCAUCCAACCAUCCAGCAUCCAUCCUUUUUCUAUCCAUCCAGCUACCUACCUUUACAUCCACCCAUCUGACCACCCAUCCAUCCAUCCAUCCAUCCAUCCAUCCAUCCAUCCAUCCAUCCAUCCAUCCAUUUAUCUGACUGUCAUCCCAACCAUGAAUCUAUCAAUCCAGCCAUCCACCCAUCCAUUUGAAUACACCCAUUUAUCUGAUCACCAUCUACUGGACCACAAAUCUAACUGCCAAUCAAAUCAUUAUCCAUCCAUCUAUUAAUCACCACCUACAUUGCCCAACUAUUAAUCCAUCUAUUUUGCUCCCAUCCAUCUGAUUACUUAUAAAGCACAUCCAACCGAUUACCCAUCCAUAUAUUCAUCUCUACAUUAACCAUCCAUCCAUCCAUCCAUUUACCCUGUAAUAUGACUUUGCCUUGAACACCUAUAUUAGCACACUGUAGCUUGGGUUGAUUUGUCACCUUUCUUAGCAUUAUGGUUGUAAGAGUCAUAUCCCUGAAUCAAAAGCCUCUAUGUAAUUAUUCUUACCACUUUUGGCCUAUUGUUCCAAUUACCAACAUCUCUGCUUAGAGGUCUUUAAUGGGAGGCCUAAAAAUUGACCUUUCAGAAAGUUAGGUAAAAAAGUAUGUGACCCAGUAAGACUUAAGAGGAGUAAAUCUUCGAUUAGCUUUUACUGUUUGGGAAAAAUAUGUUUAAUUCAGUCAUAAUUCUGAAAGGAUCUUAUGUCUUGCUUACUAGCCUACUUCCUACAGUGUCAAUGGGGUAUUGCUUUCAAGGCCAAAGAUCAUACUUUAACCAUAUUACUUUAAUGGGACGGCCUGUAAACUGAGACCUGAUCCUCUGUGCAGUAUAUCCAAAUGCAGUGCAGGCUAGCCCUGGAUGCUAAUGUGCUGCAUCCUCGAUGCUAGGGGAACGCGGAAGUGCCCACAGUGUGAGUCUGGAAAGGCUUCAUUCUGUAAUGAUGUACAGAAUAAACAGGUACAACGGAUGCUGCCAUCCAGACAAUGCCUCUUUUAGAGAAGACUCUGUAUAUCUGAGUAAGACUUUACCAAACCACAACAACAGGAGUGCAAAUAAUGUAAACGCACAAGGCUUUUGAAACCAUAUUUACACAUACUGUGCAUCAGUGAUAUGAAUCUAAGCCUCCUAGCAUCAUGCUAUGACUCUCUGCCAGGGCUGAAGAAAAUCAUUCAUCCUUGUUAUGGUGCAUUUCCUGCUUGGGUCAUGUGCUUCUCCUUGCGUCAUCAGAAACCAGAGUAUCUGCAUUUGGUUUGAGAUGCUGCUUAUGUCACUGUGCCAUCAAUAAUGAAAGAGCACGGCUCACCAAAAAGAAGAUACUCGUCAGUUUAAAGCGUCCAGCUCGAAGGCUGCGAUGUAUUCACUGUCCCUGGCUCUGAGCCAAUCCAUUUAUCUAUCCCCAUCCUGGGAAUUACAUCCUACAUAUGAGCUGCACAGUCGGAGGCUGUUUGUCGCAGAAAAGCUGUAAUCUAAGAAUAGAAGAAGGAGCUCUCUCUGUGUGCCUCUCAGUCAAAUCAGUGGACUGUGGACUCGUAGGUCUGUGCUGACAUCUGGUGUCAGCACAGAAAAAGCAAAGCACAGCUCCACUUCACCUCUCUGGGUGUUUAAACGCUGCCCUCCUUUGGACUGCAUCAGCACUCACAGAAACUGCAAGACGUUUAACUGCUCUUAACAGCAGAACUGUUUCCUACUGACUUCUGUUUUUCUUGGACCUGGGCCUCCUACAGAUUUUUGUUUUUACUUAAGAAGUAUGCAGAAUUUCAUAAAAAGGAUCAAAUGAAGCUGUCAUUUUACAGUAAGUACAAUAGAAUAAAGUGGAUGGGUUCAGUUGCAAGAGGGAUUUGAUUAAAUCCCAUUGAGCGGAUUGGAUCAGUCUGUGGCCCGAGACCAAGAUGUUGUUAAACUGGAAACAGAUUUGUUUUGUUUGCGUUUUUAGUUUUUUAGAAAUGAAGAUUAAUUCUUUGAAAAAGCUAAUUAAUAUUUUACAGACAAAGCUCUAAACUGUUGCGACCAAUUUAUGUGUCACUGUGCCGUUUAAGAUUGUGGGAUUGCAGAAAUGCUAUUUGUCUGAAAUCCCAUUUGAUUGGAUAAAAGAGAUUUCAAUUCCUCAAGGUCAUUACGUGUCACAAGAAUACUAUAAGGUUUUAAAAGGAGAGAAAGAAGAAUUUAUCUUUAUUUCACAGAGGCAACCCAACAGGAUUGAACGUUAAAAGGAGAGUGCUUUUUAUUUAACUGUUUUUAAAAGUACGUCUCAAAAAUCUCCAUUCUUCCCCGCCCCCCCUUUUUUCCUUUCCCCUCACCAGCUCAGCCUCCAGGACUGCUGGCUACACAAGGCCAAUGGCGGCAUGGUGUUGCUCACCUUCUUCGUGUGCCGCAUCGCCCUCUUCCCCUACAUGUACUGGGUGUACGGCCAACACUACGGCAUCCCGCUCUACAGCGUCCCCUUUCACCUGCCGCUGACCGCCAACUUGGGCAACUCGUGCAUCCUGGCGCCGCAGGUCUACUGGUUCGUCCUGCUCUGUCGAAAGGGCUACCGUCUUUACAAACGCAGUCGCAGUCAAGACUCGUCUCCUACGGCUACUAUUACUGACAAUGCAAAGGAGGAUUGA